UAAAUAUUUUUUCAUUACUUUUCAUAUAUUUUUUGCAAAAUAUAUAAUUUUUAAUUCUAAUAUUAGUGAACGCAGGGGAAGAAGCUUGACGGAACGUGCAUAAAAUGUGUGGAAUUUGGGCUCUCUUUGGUUUAGAUGGAAAGCCUAUGAAUUGUAUCUGUGAAAAUUUUGAAAAAAUAUCUCAUCGUGGACCUGAAGCAUUUCGAAUUGAAUUUGAUAAUAGAGUUAAGAAUGGAUAUCUUGCGUUUCAUAGAUUAGCGAUCGUCGAUUGUCAUAAUGGGAUGCAACCGAUGAGGCUUAACAAAUACCCAUAUCUUUUUUUAUUGUGCAAUGGAGAGAUCUAUAACUGCAAUAAGUUAAGAGAGCAAUAUAAUUUUCAAUAUACAACCAAGUGCGAUGUAGAAGUAAUUUUGCAUUUAUAUGCCCAAGGUGGAUCCGACAAUGUUGCAAGAUCUUUAGAUGGUGUAUUUGCAUUUUGUUUACUAGAUAUCGAACAAAAGAAAAUAAUUAUCGGAAGAGAUCCAUAUGGCGUUAGACCCUUAUUCAAAUUAUAUUCAAAUAGUGGACAUUUAGCGAUAUCUUCCGAAAGCAAAGGUCUCAUUGGUAUACGUAAACAUAUCGAAGACGAGUACAUAUUGCAACCGUUUCUACCGGGUAAUUACGAGGAAUAUGAACUUUUAAACGACGGCCGAACAAGACUUUUACAAACCGUCGAUUAUCAUAAGCCAGGAGACAAACCUAACUUUCAAGUUUAUACACCUUGGAAUAUGCUAAGUAAUAGCGAUGUACAUAAGAACAUCAGAAAAUUAUUUUCGGCAGCCGUAGAAAAACGCUUAUUGGCAGAUAGGCGAAUAGGUUGCUUGUUGUCCGGUGGAUUAGAUUCCAGCUUAGUUGCAGCUACGCUUGUACAGCAUGCAAAAAAACAUAAGUUGCCGUAUAAAAUACAAAGUUUUGCAAUAGGUAUGGGAGAUAGUCCAGAUAUUAUUGCAGCAAGACAGGUUGCAAGCUAUAUAGGAACGGAACAUCAUGAAAUUAUUUUCUCUUCUAAAGACGUAGCUGAAAUUUUGGAUAAAGUUAUUUACCAUUUAGAAACGUUUGACAUUACAACAAUACGAGCUUCCGUCGCGAUGUAUAUUAUAUCAAGAUAUAUUUCUCAAAAUACAGAAACAACUGUGAUAUUUAGUGGAGAAGGUGCGGAUGAAUUAGCACAAGGAUAUAUUUAUUUCAGAGAUGCUCCCACAGCUAUGGAUGCGCACAAUGAGUCAAUUAGAUUACUAAAAGACAUUUAUCUUUAUGAUGGCUUAAGAGCUGAUAGGACAACCAGUGCAUUUAGUUUAGAACUUAGAGUUCCAUUUCUUGAUAUACAAUUUACAAAUUACUAUCUGUCACUUGAUGCUGCCAUUAGACAACCACAAGGUGGAAUUGAAAAAUAUUUAUUAAGAGCUGCAUUUGAUGGUACUGAUAUACUACCAUCUAAAAUACUUUGGCGACAUAAAGAAGCAUUUAGCGAUGGUGUUACUUCCAUUAAAAAAUCUCUUUUUCAAAUCAUUCAAGAUAUUGUGGAAGAUAAAGUACAAGAUGAAGAUUUAGCAAAAGCACACAUUAAAUAUCCCCACUGUACGCCAAAGACUAAAGAAGCCAUUUAUUACAGAAAUGUAUUCGAAUCAUAUUACGGUGGUCAAGCUGAAACUUUUACUCCUUAUUUUUGGAUGCCACGUUGGGUGAAAGACAUCGUGGAUCCAUCCGCACGAUUUAUUAAUCACUAUUCUGCAGAUACAAAUAGUAAUGACGAUCAUCAGAUUGAUAACUGAGGAUAGAAUUAUAUGAAAAGAUGUACCUAUGCUAUAAACGAAAUUGUUAAUAUCUUUUUAUCAUAUUUAAUAACAUGAUACGAUUAUAUUUACGAAAUAAAUUUGGGAAAAUUCUUUCUUUUAUGCAAGUUAUAAAAGAAUCAAAUAUAUGCUACAACAUUUAUGUACUAAUGAUAUAAAAAUAAUAUGAAAGUAUUCGGUAGUAUACUUGAUCAUAUUAUAUAAACAAAAAAAUGCAACUUUUAAACCAUUCUUAUAAUUAAAAUUAUAAAAGUGGUCCGUAAGAGAGAUAUAAAACACUCAAAAAUUGCUAAUAAUAUUAAUAUUAUAUUCUGCGUGUUGUUUCAAAGCUAAUUCUUUCGAUUGAAUGUUUCAAAAUAAUUCUGUACAAUGGCGAUACUAAAGAAAAAAAAAAUAUACACUUACCCCUGGUGGGACUCGAACCCACAAUCCCCGGUUUAGGAGACCGAUGCCUUAUCCAUUAGGCCACAGGGGCUUACAACUUGUUACUUUCUGUUUAUACAACUAUGGUAAAAAUAAAAUUUGAAUAAAGUAAAUCUAACAUAAAUAUAU